CGCGCUUCGUGGCCCUCUGUCCCAUGUAGCUCCGCGCGCAUUAACGCGUUUUUAAUCUGCAGCAGUUCCGGUGGAACCGAACCGGUCCGGACUCAGCGGUGAGGGUUAAUCGGCCCCCUGGGGGAGCGGAUGAAGAAACACAUUUUGCUCAUUUUCACAUACCGAGGACUCCUCAGCAAAGGAAAGAAAAAUAAAAAGAGAAAAUGGCCAAUUUCAUGUUACGGAAAGCCGAGCGUGAGGAUGUGGCGGAUAUACUGCGACUCAUAAAGGAACUUGCCAAGUACGAGGAGAUGGAGGAACAGGUCGUUCUGACUGAAAAAGAUUUGCUGGAGGAUGGUUUCGGGGAUCAUCCUUUCUAUCAGUGUGUCGUGGCUGAAGUGCCGAGAGAGCAGCAGAGUGCUAGCGGCCACACGGUGGUCGGCUUCGCCAUGUACUACUUCACCUACGACCCCUGGAUCGGGAAGCUGCUCUACCUGGAAGACUUUUAUGUCAUGAAGGAGUUCAGAGGUUUUGGAAUUGGGUCAGAAAUCCUGAAGUACCUCAGUCAUACGGCGGUGAAGUCUCGCUGCAGCAGUUUGCACUUCAUCGUGGCCGAGUGGAACAAACCAUCCAUCGAGUUUUAUAAACGACGUGGAGCCAAUGAUCUCUCACUGGAGGAGGGCUGGAGGCUGUUCAAGAUCGACAAGGAGAAUCUGAUCAAACUGAUGUCUGAGGAGUAAAAAGGGAAUGAGAACACAUUUUAUAUUUAUUCAACUCGUAAAUUCAUACAAUGAAAGAGAGAAAAUUAGGCUUCAGUGUUUACUGAAAUGAAUCUGCAGUGUAAUGAUGAUGAAGAUGAUGAUGAAGAUGAUGAUGCACUGCAUAUAUAUUCUCACAGUGUGUACUUGUGUUAAUAUAUAUAUUUUUUUGUACUUUUAUAAAAUUCACUCUUGAUGAUAUCAUAAAUUAUGUAAUAAAUACAAAUUACACAA